AUGAACGUUAUAUUUGCCUCUCCUGACAUAGGUCUUCGGCUACAAAGCGAUGGCGUCAGCGCGCAGGAGGGCGUCAGCGCGCAGGAGGGCGUCAGCGCGCAGGAGGGCGUCAGCGCGCAGGAGGGCGUCACCACGCUUGUAAAUUGUCCCCAGAAUCCUUCCAGCAGGAAAAAAGGACGGUCGAAGAGAGCCAGAGUCCUGCUAUCUUCCGUGGAGGAAGCAACCUGGAAUUUAUUGGACAAGGGGGAGAAGAUUGCUCGGGAGGCCACGGUGCUACAGGAGGAGCUCGCUUCUGCACUUGGGGACGUUCGCAAAGAAAGCGAAGCUCUGAAGGUAUCAGCUGAGAGAUUCACAGAUGACCCCUGCUAUCUCCCCAAAAGGGAGGCUGUUGUACAGGCUGCCCGCGCCUUGCUGGCUGCAGUCACCAGACUCCUCAUUCUCGCAGACAUGAUUGAUGUCAGGUGUCUGCUGCAGCAUGUGUCAUCCUUUCAAAGGACGUUUGAGUCUCUUAAGAACGUUUCCAGCAUGCCUGCCCUCCAGAAAGCCUACCAGAAGCUUGGGAAGGAGCUGGAGAACCUGGACUAUGUAGCCUUCAAACGUCAGCAGGACUUAAAAUCUCCAAGCCAGAGGGAUGAGAUUGCAGGAGCCCGGGCCACCCUGAAGGAGAACUCCCCUCUCCUGCAUUCCAUCUGUUCUGCUUGCUUAGAGCAUUCUGAUGUUGCUUCCCUCCAAGCCAGCAAGGACACAGUUUGUGAGGAGAUUCAGAAAGCCCUCAACGCAAUUUCAUACGCUUCCCAAGGCAUUCCGAGGGCACCAGCCCUGGAGGAGCCUCAGGCAGCCACCCUGGGAAGUGCCCUGGAUGAACUGGAGAAUUUAAUCGUCCUGAGCCCGCUCUCAGGGCCUGAGGCGGAAGUACGACCGUCGCUGGAGCAGCGGCUGGAGGCCAUCAUCAGCGGGGCCGCGCUGCUGGCCGACUCCCCCUGCACCAGGGACAGCCACCGGGAGCGGAUCAUCGCGGAGUGCACCGCCAUCCGCCAGGCCCUGCAGGCCUUGCUGUCGGAGUACAUGAGCAGUGCUGGAAAAAAAGAAAGGACUAGCACCCUGAAUAUUGCCAUAGACAACAUGUGCAAGAAAAUGCGAGACCUUCGCAGACAGCUCCGCAAGGCCAUUACUGAUCACGUGUCGGACUCCUUCUUGGACACAACAGUCCCCCUUUUGGUUCUCAUCGAAGCUGCUAAGAAUGGCCGGGAAAAGGAAAUAAAGGAAUAUGCUGCGAUCUUUCAUGAGCACAGCAGCAGGCUUGUAGAGGUGGCAAAUCUUGCUUGUUCCAUGGCAAGAAAUGAAGAUGGAAUUAAAAUUGUCAGAGCUGCAGCUCACCACUUGGAAACACUGUGUCCACAGAUCAUCAAUGCCGCACUUGCUUUGGCUGCGAGACCCAAAAGUCAAGUGGUGCAAAAUGCUGUGGCGGUGUACCAGCGGGCGUGGGAGGACCACAUGCACGUGCUCACGGAGGCCGUGGAUGACAUCACGAGCAUUGACGACUUCCUCGCCGUGGCUGAAAGCCAUACCCUGGAAGAUGUCAACAAGUGCAUCGUAGCUCUGAGAGACCAGGAUGUGGAGAAUUUAGACCGAGCCGCAGGAGCCAUCAGAGGACGGGCCACGAGAGUCGCUCACAUCGUCACGGGUGAAAUGGACAGCUAUGAGCCAGGGGCUUACACUGAAGGUGUCAUGCGAAAUGUGAACUUCCUCACAAGCACCGUAAUUCCUGAGUUUGUAACUCAAGUGAAUACUGCCUUGGAAGCUCUGAGCAAGAACUCACUGGACGUGGCUCAUGACAAUCAGUUUGUGGAUGUGUCUAAGAAGAUCUACGACACAAUUCAUGACAUCAGAUGUUCAGUCAUGAUGAUUCGGACCCCAGAGGAACUCGAGGAUGUUUCUGAUCUUGAAGAGGACCAUGAGGUCCGCAGCCACACCAGUGUUCACACCGAAGGAAAGACAGACCAGUAUCCCAGUCCUACAAUCAACGGCAAAAUUGGUUUGUUGAUUAGCUUCAGGAACCUUCUCAUGAAGCUCAGCCAGGCUGCCUCCACCAGUGGGCCCCAUGACCUGGAGGAAGCAGAGCAGAGUGCUUUGGAAGUCAAGGCAUCGGAAUCAAAUGUGAAAGAGUGCAAAAGGUCUGCCCAGGAGCUGCUGAAGAGCUGGAUCCAGUCGAAGGAGAAGGACCUGGAGCUCGUGGCCAAUGCAGGAGGGAAGGUGAAGGAUCCCGGUCAGGAGGCUCAAGGGUCUGAAGGGUCUGUGCUGCAAACCUGGAGACGGACAUCCCAAGUGGAUGGUGAGGAGCAGAGCAGCUCUGAAGAUGCCCGACCAACAGUCCCUCUUCUUUCUCCUGUUCUUCCGUUCAGACUCUCAGACUAUUGGUUGGAGCUGCUCACACUGAGGGAGGACUUCUGUCAUCAGGGUAAAGGCCCACUAAAGCACACCACUGACGUGAUCUGCGCAGCUAAGAUGAUAUCUGAGUCAGGAUCCCGGAUGGACGCGCUCGCUCGGCAGAUUGCUAACCAGUGUCCAGACCCGUCAUGCAAACAGGACCUGCUGGCUUAUCUGGAGCAGAUUAAGUUCUACUCACACCAGCUGAAGAUCUGCAGUCAAGUUAAAGCUGAGAUCCAGAGCCUGGGAGGAGAACUCAUUGUGACAGCCUUGGACAGUGUCACCUCCCUGAUUCAAGCAGCCAAAAAUUUAAUGAACGCCGUGGUGCAGACAGUGAAAAUGUCUUACAUCGCCUCCAGCAAGAUCAUCCGAAUCCAGAGCGCAGCCGGGCCGCGGCACCCGGUGGUGAUGUGGAGGAUGAAGGCUCCGGCAAAGAAACCCUUGAUUAAAAGAGAGAAGCCAGAAGAAACGUGCGCAGCCGUCCGGCGAGGCUCGGCAAAGAAAAAGAUCCAUCCCGCGCAAGUCAUGAGUGAAUUCAGAGGCAGACCGGUCUACUGAAAGCGCGUGCCUCUGCAAGGGCCUCUAAACACCGGCUAACCGCGCUGCGCUCCCUUACAAUUUCCAAGUUCUGUAAUUUUUCUAAGCUUUGAAUUUAACUCACAAGUAACAUAAAGCAUUGGAGGCUAAACCAACGUAAGCAACUACAUUUGGGAAGGUGUCACUGUCAUUUCUGGGUGGCCAGCUCACCCUGGUUAAUUACUGCAUGCCUGCUUAGUGAAGGUAAUCUCCAGGCACCCUCAGUCUGUCCCAGCACGGGGAGUGUUGUCUUCUAAUGACCACAGGAGCAUCUGCAAAGCAAGGCAGUCCUGCUCAUCUGUAAUAGUUCAUGUACACAGGCGCUUUUCAUCAUAAAUUAAAACAUUGACAUAAGUUCUUAAUUUAGGGUGCAAUGGAAAUAAAAACAUUUAUGAAAUAUUUUUCCACUUAAUAACAUAACUUAUCUACCCUACCGAAAGUGGUUGAAAGGCCUAAUUUGGAUCUCUAGAUGUCUGUAUCCAUUGUCAACUGAUUAGUCUAAGCUUCUACCAAAAAUUAACCAAAUUGGGGCAGCAGCUCCUCAUGAGAUUUUGUUUUUAGCAAGAUGCUUUAAUAGCAUUCCAAAGGCUGUGGUGCACUUUGGUGCCCUACAUGGUGGGGCUUCACUGAUUUCAUUACAUCAACCAACUCCAUGUGCAGACAGUGAGUUAUCCUUGUUGGAGAAAUGAGACAUUAAACUGUGUCUCAGACUGAGUCUGAAAUUAUAUUUCUAGCCCUUAUCAAUUGCAGUUAGAAAGGCCAUUUUGAAAACUGCCUCAGCGUGGUGGGAAACAGAACUCUGCGUCCCUGAGCUACGAAGCAGAACUAAUGGCUCUAGGCUAGCGGCCGGGGUGAAUGUCAUCUUUGUUCUUUCCUUCUGCUCUUUCCAGCUUUCCUUUGCCUUCUAUUUUUAUUAGUGUGUGUUUGCAAUAGAGAACAAUUAUGUUUGCUUUGAGGAGUUGACACAUGCAUGUGAUGUGUGUUACCUCUCAAUUAGGUUCUCAGAUUCAUUUUCCAAACCCAAGAUCUCACCCCAAGGGGAGUUCACAGCGAAGGUUCCAAUUGUCCCGAUUCCAGUGUCCUGCUUCUCUGUCCCGCUUUUCCGUCCCGACCCUGUUCUUGGCUUGCUGGGCUUUCCACCUUCUCUUUGGAAAAGUUGAGUUACAAUUUCCCGAGUAGGGUUUCUCUUCUGUGACUUCUUCUGUUCAUCCUUGUCCCACUUUACUGACAUAAUGAUGUGACUGUGCACCUCUCACUUGCAUGAUGCUAUUAGUAAUGGGUCCCUUCAUCAGCCAUGAUACUUAAGAUAAAUGAAACAAAAUGUAUGUCUGCAACACCAGUUCAGGAUAGGAGGAAAAGUUUGGGUAAAAGUAUGUAUAAAAUUAGGGAGACAAAAAUGGAGAGCAUGAUUAUGUGUGUUAGCAUGACCAGAACGGUAAGGGAGAAGAUCUGAUACGUUACUAUCAAGGAAUUAUUUCAUUUUUCCCAAAGGGUUGGAGUCCCUGGCUCUGUGGAUAAAUGCAUGAUGAAUUGGGCAACUCAGUGCUGUCUGUCUUGCUACACACUUGCCCCUAAGAAUUGCUCAGGCCCAAGUCCACUCUAGGAAACAGGUGGCAGUGAGCAAGGGAAUUAGGUGACACAAGUGACUCUGUUUCUAGCACCAUGUAGACAUUUGAGGAAAAUAGGAGCUUCUUUUGUUGAAGUGCCGGAAUCCUUUUGUACUUGACUAGCUGAGUAACUGUGGUACAUCCUCCUCUCAGAAGCCUGGAUUUAUGACUUAGUGCCAAAUGAAUUCUCCUUAAGGUCACAAUGCCCAGCUGUGUGGCGAAGCUUCUAGAUCUGAGCACCCGGGAGCACAGGUAUCUCACCUACAAACCUGAGUGUCCAUCUGGCCCUGCGUAACUUUCCAUAUGCUGGAAUGCAGAUGUAGCACCGUGGGCCCAGGCAAAGCGAAUGUGAAAUCGCACACUUAUCGCAUAAAACCACUUUACAUAAAUGAGACUUGAGCAAGACCUUUUCUUUCAUAUGGUAAGAUUGCUACCGCAGCUCAAGAAAAUACUGUUAGACCAAAACAAUGAGAAGUUCAAAUCCAUGGAGUAAAUUUGCUGUGGUAAUCAAAGGUGGAAUUAAAACUUGAAUAAAGCUGAAAAAUUCAUCUGUGGGCUCGAGUAAAUUUCAGCAGUGGACAACACUGACAGAUUUAAUUUGAUUCAAGCUUUCUCUAAUAAAAGUGUUUAUGUAAAAGAAAAGCUAGCAAUAAUAAUACAUAACAGACUUUGUAGAAUAAAGCAGUAUAAACUGCAUCUAGUGUUGGCAGCAGAAAAAAAUUUGAUCAGUAAGUAUAAGUUUGUUGAACAUAUUUAUAUUUAGGCUUUAUUUUUCUUCAGGGCCACAGCAAAGUUUCUUCAUAGGAGUUAAUUUGGCAGGCUCUUACACACUCUUUGAAAUCACAUGGCAGAGGUUGGUUCCUCUUCAGAUAACUCACUUGGCUGGCCCUGAUCACUAGAACGCGUCUUUCUCUGUUAGUGAAAUUACUUUGUGUUAAUUUUAUGAAAAGCUCACUGGAGAGGAAGGAGAGGUUUUGUGCCCCUUGAGGACAGUCCCUCCCCGCUUUGCCACACUCAGCACUGGCAAAAGUUCUACUUCAAUCAGAAAAUAAUUUGGAAAUCAUUCCUGAAAUCAUAAUACACUAACACAUUCUUCUAAUUCUAAAAGGUGAACGAUUUUCAUUAAACAUGAAAGAUGAAACUAUUAACUUCUCUUAUUUCCAGAAAAAUCAAAAUUAUUAGAUUAAAAUACACCUUCCUAUUAGACUUUCAGAGUUCUUAAGUGAGCCGGAAAAAUUCUAUACUGAACACGAACUCCUAAGUUAGGUAAACGUUCCUUUCUGCUUGCCUGAGCGCAGCCUGCAGGUGAGGUAGAGCCUGCAUUACAGGCUUCGUAUUCUGAAGAGCCCCUGUGGACCUUCGAAAAUCGUUCACCUGAGGACAAGGGUAGCUUAUGCGUUCCUCAGAAGUCUCUCCUUACAGGAAGAAGGGCACCGCAGCUGCGGAGAGAGGCGAGUUCGUGAAAUCAGCAUCAGUGAUGCUCUGAGCUUCAAAGCAGGUCUGUUUUCCAAUCUCACUGUUAAAAUUGUAAAUAUACCUUAAACGCCCAAUUGCACUACCAAACCUUAAGAUUUCUCUCCUUCAUCUGCAUAACAAGUGGCUACCAACAUCACCGCGUGAGCAGGGUAACCUCCUCAGCGCUCCUUUCAGGGCGGCACUCCGCUCUCGGCACGCCGGCCUUGUCCAGCGGACUCCGGCAGCUCUCCUCCAGCAUGGCCUGCCCUGGCCAGCGCCCUGAGCCAGAGGAGAAGAGGACCAAGUCUCCACUCCCCUCUCAGAUCCCGACACGCGUGUCAUACACAGAGGCUGGCACAUGUGUUCUGUAGGGUUUUCACCCCUUAGCAGAGUCACUCUCACAGAUUUUCUCAUCCCAGGAACCUUCUCAGCUUUGGGUGUCAAGUCUGUAUUUCUCUGCUGGGGUCGUAGCUCAUGGGGACGGAUUUCUAUACCAUGGCAAAGUGUGUGGAAGGAGACCUGAGACCCUCCUGGUGUUUCUGACCAUGCAUAGCGCAUCCCUCGCAGGACCACCGGGUUGUUCCGUACUGUCAUAAGUGAAUUUCUAGCUUGACAAAACAGGUGCAGAACCUCAAUUUGAAAAAAACCCAUACUUCCCUUGCCACAGCAACUGGCCUAUCCGGGGAGUCAGAUCCCCAGCUUGUGUUUGUCGAGCUAAAGGAAAUUGUUUUGCUGUUCAGAGCGUUUAGGGACAUCCAAUUAAAAACGAGUGCCCCUGUUGAACAAUCCUUCUUAAGCUAAACUAGGAAAAUUUACCUGACUUGGGUGCUUCUGUGGUCGUCCUACCUGUCACUGAUCAGGACAUACUUAUUCAGAGGAGAUUGACCUCCGUGCAAUGAUGAUAUUUAGCAUUAGUGCUUUGCAUGUUAGUACCAAGUUACCAAGUCGGAUCUAGGGAUAAAAGCAUGAUUACACGUACAAGGUAGUUUAAGAAAUUUUGAUUUUGGCCCUUUUGGUUGAGCUAGGGAAAAAAUGAAAUAUUUUUAAAACUGAGGGGAUGUACCUGAAUUUUAAUAGCUUCGGCAGUUUAGUAACACUGUCUUUAACAUCUAGAGGAAAACAAAUUAAAAUUUUAAGCACAUUUUUGCAUGAACAAGAACAUGUUUUCUAUUAAAGCAAAAGAAAGACGUGUUCAAACAUUAGCUAUUUUACAUGUAAAUACCCCCACAACAGAGUUGUCACAAGUGAUUUUGCAUAAAAUCCAGCUCCAGGGGCUUCAAACAAGAACAUUAGUGCUGAUGGAGAGGGUGGGCCCUAAAGGGCCUGAAGACGCUCAAGCGGAGUCUGUUACGCGCUGUGAGGCUGGCUCUGGGGCACAUCCUGGGCAGGAAACCUCACAGGUGUGCACAGGCUGUAAGCAGUUCUAGUGGGGAAAGUGUGGAAGGCAACUUUUGAUGUGCACUUGGCAAGUGGAAUAAAAAGGUUCAAUGGCAGAGGAUUUCCAAGUGAACAUGUAUGGGAACGCGUUGCAGGUUGAGGAGGGAAAGUGAGGGGCAGGCGACUCACAAGCAGGGAGAGAGUGGGCCUUGGUGCCUUGUCCUGAAGACAGACAUAAGGCUGGAUGCGUAGGGGAAAGUUGAUGGUUUGUUAAUAUCAGAGGCAACAGGAUGAACUGUGCAAAUACUGGUGAUAAGUUAGUAAUAGUUUACAAGCUGAGAAGCAGGAAUUAAGCCAUUCUCCUGGCAAACCAGGAGAGAAUCAGAAUGACCACACACUUACAUAGCCCACAUCUCUUUUUUGAGCAUGUGUAAUGUUCCCCCCCACUGCUCUAGGUUCCUGGGAUAUACUGACUACUCGGAUCAACCUCGUCCUCAUGUAUCAAGUCUGCAAUACAUGCUGUUGUUGUACUUAAUACUCCCAAUAACAACAUGGGUUAGAGGGAAUUGCCAGGACCCACAGUUAAAAAAGCUGAAGCUUAUGCAGAAUGAAUCCUCCUCACAUCCCACUGGCUUUGCACAUUUUACACCUCAAAUUCUGAACUAUUAGCUACCAUUCCAUCCAGACUUCUUGGAAAUAGAGACUGAAUUCAUCAGUGGCUAAAGAGACACAAAUUUCAGAUCCUGGCUGAUUUUCUAUGUAAAAGCAAAAAACAGUAUGAGAUUUAGGAAAAUGCAUGUCCAUCCUGCCUAUGCCACUCAAAGCAGAUGAGAGUUACAGGAAUAAUUUGCUGCCUGCUCUUGCCUCUUAUACCUGAAUAUAGUGCAACAGCUAUGUGAGGAGUAAAUAUUUUUUCAAUGUAAUGCUUAAAAAAAAA